CACCGGAAAGAAAAAUAAUUGGGACAUAACUGCAGAUAAGAAGCAAGAUGUGUGCGCUGUACAUGUUUGAUUUCAGUUUCUGGCUGCAUGCACGCAUAUCAGGAGCAUCCAAUGUGCCACCUGGAAAUCUAGCCAGCUCUUUUGACCGGCCUGAACUUAUAUAAGGGACCUCACGGCUAGGGAUCUUAUCUCCUGCUAGUCCACCCAUCCAGCCGAAUACUACCCAACAGAGCGUAUGACAAUGUUCACCGCAGCGAGAGCUUCGAACCUGCUGGGCACUAUGACCGCCCUCGCCUGUGUAAUGGUGGCCGCGCGUGCGCAGCGUUGCGGCAAGCAGGCCGGCGGCGUGAUAUGCCCAAAUAACCUCUGCUGCAGCCAGUACGGGUAUUGCGGUCUUGGCAGCAACUACUGCGGCGCCGGCUGCCAAAGCGGUGCUUGCUGCCCUAGCCUUCGGUGCGGCAGCCAAGCCGGCGGUGCAACUUGUCCCAACAACCAAUGCUGCAGUCAAUACGGUUAUUGCGGCUUCGGUCAAGAAUUCUGCGGUGACGGCUGCCAAAGUGGAGCUUGCCGCGCCAACAGAAAGUGCGGAAGCUUGGCCGGCGGCCAAGUAUGCCCCGACAACCUCUGUUGCAGCCAGUACGGGUAUUGCGGCCUCGGCUCAGAGUUCUGCGGUGAUGGCUGCCAGAGCGGUGCCUGUUGCACCAAGCGCUGCGGCAGGCAGGCUGGUGGCGCCAUUUGCCCCAACGACUACUGUUGCAGUCGGGACGGAUAUUGCGGCCUCGGCGGCGAUUACUGCGGCGCCGGCUGCCAAAGCGGCCACUGUCAUGGUCAUGGCGUCGGCGAAACGACCAUUGCCGUGGAGGAGCUCUUCAACAAGACUACUUCAGUUGAAACCAAUACAACUUUAGCGCAGUAGUCCGACAUCUGCCACGACGAAUGCAUGGUGCGCAUUCAGUGUGCCUCCAAUAAACUCAAGCGCUAUGAUACUAUGUAAUUGGUGCUAGCUCCUGCGAGGUGAUCAUCGUCGAUGUACGAGUUUGUACUUUGUACUGCUAAGCGAUAUGCAUGGAUUUUCGGGAGCCGAUAUGUCCAUGCAUAUAUAUCAGCUAUGAUGCAUAUGAAUAAAGUCCUUGUGUCCUUUGUAGUGCACUUGCUCGCAUAA